UCGCGACUCGCGAGCGCGUUCCAAAAAACAGAAAACGAAAUAAUUACGAUUUUUAAGUGAACCUUACAGAAGUUAAAAAAAAUUAAAUAAUGCAGAAUUAAUAUUUUUUUGGUGACAAAGACGCUUCGAGCCACUGAGAUAGUAUGUGGCCGUACUAGUGUGGUCAAGUGUGGUGUGUGGUCCGGGAUGAGGCCACAAUGUGGCUGGCUCUGGGACUUCUGCUGUUGAGUGAAUCUUUUGCUUUUAACAUUAGUUUUCCGGCGGACAAUGUGGGUCUCCGUUAUCCAAUCCGCAAAUCCCACGUUCGUCGUCAACGAGCUAUACCCCCGUCCACACCCUUCUACUGUCAAGACACAGUUCCUUGGGGCCGCAGCAGAGAACGACCGGCUUCAGUACACAGGCUGAGACCAGGGGACAUCGAUGUGGUAGCGGCUAUUGGAGAUUCGUUGGUCGCAGGAAGCGGAGCGUUGGAAGAGUUUGCUUUAGGUGCCUUUGUAGAGUAUCGGGGAGUUUCUUGGUGUGCCGGUGGAGACGGUACGUGGCGUGAAUUCCUGACGCUGCCAAAUAUUCUAAAGGUGUACAACCCAAACAUACGCGGGUUUUCGACUGGGACAGGAGAGUGGCUUACCAAGAACGCUAAGCUGAACGUGGCCUUCCCUGUUGCUUCCGAUGAGGAUGCAUUUAAACAAGCCAAGAUCCUGGUAGCCCGCAUGAAAUCAUCCCCAGAAAUAGACAUCAGCAGCGAUUGGAAGAUGAUAACGGUGUUCAUUGGCGCCAACGACCUGUGUUCAGCGUCCUGCCUAUCCCCCGUAGCCUGGUCGCCAGCCGCUCAUGCCAGAAAACUGUCCAAGGCUUUGGACUACUUCCAGGCUCAUCUGCCGAGGACUAUUAUUAAUUUGGUGCCAGUAUUAGACGUGUCAGUGUCGGUACGCGUUCAGCGGCCAUUCAUGUGCCGGAUGAUGCACUCGCUGUUCUGCACGUGCUUUCACCGCGACGGCAACGAACUCGAGGACCUCGUACGCAUGGCCAGGCUAUACCAGAAGGCUGAGUUCAUGCUGAUAGAUAGCGGUCGAUAUGACACCAAAGAGGAUUUCACGGUAGUGGUGCAGCCCUUCAUGCGUUUGUUCAACGCACCGUUCCCGCCGAAGCUUCCACUGCCCCUCGUAAUCCAUCAGUCCUACAUCACGCAUGACUGUUUCCAUUUCUCGCAGAAGGGACAUGCCCUAGCUGCAAACCUCCUGUGGAACAACCUCCUAGAGCCAGUAGGCAAUAAAUCCGAAAACGUGCCACCAGUACUUCUACGCUCAUUCCGCUGCCCCACACGAGAAGCUCCGUACAUCUUCACAGCGAAAAACUCUAAGACGUACUUUGAAACCGGCAGACAGGACUUUAACUUAUGACAUUUAGCGAGGAUGUAAAGUUCUAUGAUAUACGGAACAUAUAAAUAUGGAAAUGAACAUUUAUAGCAAAAUUAGUAAUAUUAUAUGAUUGCUCCAAUACCGACGGUAUUUUGGGUAUAAUCAAUUUUAUAUAGGGUCAGGUGGAAUAAGAGGAACACCAGCGAAAGAGAGACUUAUCUUAACGCAUAAUCUAGAGUCGCUAUAGUCUCCCAGUUAAUAAAACAGAGAAACAAAUUAGUUUAAACGAUUUUAAAGAGAUGUCGCUACGAUGCUCUUAAUCCAAAUUGCGGAAGAACCAAAUUGAUGUUCACUAUUUAUGCUGAAUUAUUAAGAUUAGUGAUGCAACGGAAGUGUUAUAACGGAAACAGAAACGGAAUCAGAUAUCAAAAGUAAAUCUUAGCAGAAACGGUAGCGGUUGCAGAAGCGGAAGUGUAAAUACUAUAAAGAUCUCAAUGAAAUAGUUCCGAGCAGGGCUAGUGUUCGGUUUGGACACAAUACAAAACUGCCAAGACCCACGCGCCCCACCAUUAAGCAAUGAUAAAUUAUAAACUUCCGAAAAGAUUUUACAUGAAAGAUAAGAAGAGGCAUACGCAAACUGGUCAUUAAUUUAAUUGUUGUACCUUACAUAUUAACGCAACUCACUAGAAAAGGAUAAAUAAUUUUUAAUUUUAAGAUUCUACCUUGCACGCACUGUAACUUGUAUUAAUAUUUGAAAUAAACAGUUUUAAUUUUUUUUUAAAUAAAAUUUCCCUUAUAAAAGUUGCUGAAGCAGAAGUGUAAACAAAUGUGAAAAAGCGUGCGGAAUUUCCGCAGUUGCGGAAGCAGAAGCAGAGAUCUGUUGCAUCACUAAUUAAGAUCAUUGAGUAUAUGUACAUAAAAAUGAAUAUUUUUUUGUAAGAACUGAGAAUCAA